AUGGGGAAAACAGGCAAAUGGCUUAGAAGCUUCUUGGCUGGAAAGAAAGACAAAGAUCACAAGGAUAAGGAGAAAUGUCCCACCACUACUACUACCUCUAAUCAGAAUCGCUCACCUGCUACAACUCAUGACCAGAAUCCUACUACUCCAAUUUCAACACCAAAAGAGAAGAGGAGGUGGAGUUUCAGAAGGUCAUCUGCCACAUCCCCAGCUUCGAAGGACUCAAGUGUUGUAGAAACACCAACCACACCGCCACCUGUGCACACCACAUUGGAUUUUUCUGCUAAUUUUGAGCAGAAAAAACAUGCCUUGGCUGUGGCGGCAGCCACUGCUGCAGUUGCUGAUGCAACUGCUGCUGCUGCACAAGCUGCAGCUGCUGUCAUGCGGCUGACAGCAGCGGCCAAUGGGAAAGCUGCCGCCAUUGAAGAAGCGGCCGCCAUCAAAAUUCAAUCUGUAUUCCGUUCUUAUCUGGCAAGAAAAGCAUUAUGUGCAUUGAAAGGACUAGUAAAGUUGCAGGCAUUGGUAAGGGGUCACCUGGUGAGGAAACAGGCAAAAGCCACGCUGCGCUGCAUGCAGGCAUUGGUGACAGCACAGGCUCGAGCUCGAGCUCAGAGGAUUAGGAUGGUUGAAGAUGGAAAUACUGUUAAUCCUAGGUCAUCCACCGGCAGAAGGUCUUUGCAGGACAAUCGGCUCAGGCAUUCUCAUAAUGAAUUUGAUAGAGGCAUGGAAGAGAACAUUAAGAUUGUGGAGAUGGAUGUUGGGGAAUCAAAAGGAAAUGUGAAGAGCAGAAACAGCUACUCGAAUCACACACAAGCAGAUCGACCAGACUCUAGAUUGUCGACUCAGUCUGCACCAAAUCAUCAAUUAUACAUAAAGCCAGACAACUACAGCAAUGUCUCACCAGCUCCAUCAGCUCUGACUCAGGACAUGAUGAGUCCAGGAGCCUGCAGUGGCCAUUUUGAGGACUUCUCCUUUGGAACAGCACAAAGCAGCCCUCAGUGCUACUCUGCAAUGUCCAGACCAGAUCCAUCAAGAGUUCCUUUUGCUUUUCCUAGGCCAGAUUAUGCAGCACAGUUGUCCUAUGACUACUCACUGUACCCAAAUUACAUGGCCAAUACACAAUCUUCAAAGGCCAAAGCCAGAUCACAGAGUGCGCCAAAGCAAAGACCUCCAGAUGCAUUUGAGAGGCAACCAAGCCGACCACGAAGGACAUCAAUGGAAGGAAGGAAUCAUAUCCCAAGGGCUGUGAAGAUGCAGAGGUCAUCUUCACAUGUAGGUUCCACUGCUCAAAAUUACCAGUACCCUUGGUAUAAUAUCAAGCUUGAUAGAUCCUCAGUUUCACUAAUGGAAAGUGAGUGUGGCUCCAGCAGUACUGUGCUUACCACAAAUACCAACUACUGA